AGUGCACCUCUCCGGUCGUCCGUCUUUAUGUGUUUUGUGCCUCCGUUUUCGUUGUUUUCAAGCCAUGUGAUUUAUCUGCUUUGUUCAUGCACCCGCAUGCUCUGAUUCCACAGUGGUACUCUUCCCCAUUGCCCCUCUCCGACGUGACAGAGGACGAAUCUUUCCAUACCACUUCCGUCACUAAUGUUACACGAACAAACACGCCCGUUGGGAGGAGCAAUAAAUCAAAUGAAAAUCCGGUCACACUCAUCUUUCCCCAAGCCAUCUCCAAAGUCCUCUCACCUUCUCCAAUUCAGUCCGACGCGGUACAAUCUACAUGGACGGAACUGAACAUUGUUGUUCGGGAUAGCGAACCAUCUGAUUCAAGACUUGAUUGGGAGAAUAAACCAGGCUAUCCUGGACACCUGAGCAUUUCCGCAAUCCAUUCUCCGUCAGCUAUCUCGGAUAUUGUGACAACUCAUUCCGCUCCCUGCAUGUCUUUCACCGACUCUUCAUCAACUACCAGUCAGUUGUUGAUGGACCGAUCGAUGGAUUUUCUGAGUCCCUCCGGUCACGGCGAUUCCAGUCACUUCUCUGAUGAGCCAGCCUGGUCCAAUACCACCCGUCCUCCCACACCGGAUAUUCGUCGCAGUGACCUGGACGUGACCGAUUUGUCUGAUGGGACACGAGUGUUAAUCAUCGAAGAUACGCACUUGCGUGCCGGAACACUCUACUUGUGCCGUCCCUUGAAGAAUUCCUCCCGGCCCAUUCACACCCCAGCACCCCGGCAUCUCUCUACAAACGAAUACAACGCGCACUGCCUCACCCACUCUCGCUACCCUCCGCCGGUUCGACUCCUCCGCUCGCACUCGUCUCCCCCGCCAGGAGCAGUAACCACCAAGAAUCGGAGCUUCACACUUGUAUCACCUCCCGUUCGACGUCUGCGCUGCUCUCUCUGUCUCCCGCAGACAACACCUUCUCGUUCCACGACGACACAACUCAGCCAUCGCCCGGCCAGAGUCUCCUGUAGAACGCUUUCUUCUCUCAAAGCUCGGGGGGGGGGGGGGGGGGGAGGGGGGGGGGGGGGGGGGGGGGGUGGGGGGGGGGGGGGGGUGUGGGGGGGGGGGGGGGGGUGGUGUGGGGCGGGGGGGGGGGGGGGGGGGGGGGGGGGGGGGGGGGGGGUGCCAAACCCCCACACAAACAUUUCACCUUCACCCGCACUCCUCUCUGCCCGUGAUACCGCACUUAGGUGCCGACUCGGCCACUAG